AUGGGCUCAACUCACGCAUUUACAGAGAUCCCAUUGAUAGAUCUCUCCCUGGCAAAGGACCCGCUUACUCGUCCAGUUCUGUUUGAGCAACUGCGCUAUGCGCUAAUCUCUGUGGGAUUCUUGUACAUUUCAAACCAUGGAGUCCCGGAAAAGGUGAUCAAUGAUCUUGUCAACGUACUUCCAGAGCUUUUUGAUCUUCCGGAGUCCGCGAAAGAAGAGAUCGCUUUGCGAAAUUCCCCCCACUUCCUGGGAUAUUCCAGCGUUGGUUCGGAAACCACUGGUGGGAAGGCAGACAAGCGCGAACAGGCUGAGUUUGCGACGGAAUUGUUGGCCGUGGAAUCAAAAGACGCACCACUUUAUGAGAGACUAAGGGGUCCAAACCAGUGGCCUCCCCAGCUGCCGCCACUCCGACCCGCUGUCACAUCAUACAUUCAAGAGCUCACAGCUCUUGGCGAGCGGUUUCUUCGACUUGUCGCAGAGGCCCUCUCCCUCCCACAAGAAACAUUCUUCCACUUUCUCUCAGAUCAGCAUCGCUUGAAGCUUGUGCACUACCCAGGUGCAUCGAAUUCACCCUCAUCGGGAACCAUAACACAAGGAGUAGGUCCUCACAAAGAUUCAUCUGGCUGGUGGACAUUUCUCCUGCAAGCUUCGCCGCCCGAAAUAAAAGGCCUGCAAGCACUAAAUAAGAAUGGCGACUGGAUCGAUGUUCCUGUCAUACCGGGGACGUUUGUCGUAAACAUCGGCCAGGCCUUCGAGGUUGUGACCAACGGUGUCUGCAAAGCCACGACGCACCGGGUGCUUAUGUCUGGGUACAAGGAUAGAUAUAGUGUCCCCUUCUUCCAGGGUGUUAGGCGGAAUCUCACCAAAACGGAAGCUGUGGAAACGCUUAAGGAGCAUUUCAGCAGGUUUGCUGCCGGCGGGGAAUCCGUCGAAGCAAAAGACAUUGAUUCGACAUUUUUAAGGGGCAAAUAUGAUACGUGGGGCGAGUCUCAGCUGCGAACGAAAAUUAGAAGCCAUCGGGAUGUGGGGAAGAAGUUCUAUGGGGAUGUGUUUGACAAGUACGUCAAUGACGAUUAG